GGAUGCGCACAUUCAUGGUUGUAUUUGCGGCUCUAGUAGAGGCGCACGUCUUAUAAUCAUGUCUCACUUUAAAUAUCGGAGAAGCAUGACUUCGUCUUUAGCAGAGUGUGCACUUUAAAGGCUCUGUGGUCCUUAUCUGAGGAGAUAAACAGGAGUCGCUGCAGUCAAACAGUUUGUUUUGCGACUGUGUGACAUUCAUUUGGGAUAAAAUGGUCAUUAAGGUAUACAUCGCCUCCUCCACUGGCUCUGUGGCGGUAAAAAAGCAUCAGCAGGCGGUGGUGGGCUUCCUGGAGGCCAAUCGAAUCAACUUCCAGGAGGUAGACAUCACCAUGAUGGAGGAACAGAGGCUUUGGAUGUAUCAGAACAUUCCCAGAGAUAAACGGCCAGAGAAAGGAAACCCACUGCCUCCCCAGAUCUUCAAUGAGGAUCGAUAUUGUGGGGAUUAUGAAGACUUCUUCCAGUCAAAGGAGAGCAACACUGUAUUUGCAUUCCUGGGACUCAGUUCGCAACCCUCAGUGAAAGAUUCAGAGGCGUAAGUCUUUCUGUUGAUGUGUACAAGGAGUACAGACACGUCAAGAUGAAAACCAUCCUUCCUGUGUUGCAUCACCUCCUUUACCAAGUUCCGUCUUUCUGCUGAACUGAGCAAAUUUUGCCAAACAACAGCCCAUACAUCCUCUUGACUUUAAAAACUUUCAACAGUAAACCAGUGCAACUGAAGUCAUCACGAGGUGUUCAGUUCAAGAGGCUGAAGAAGCAUUAUUAUAGAAAUAGAGACUAAAUUUCUCUUUUUGAUGUUAUUUGUUAUUUCUGCAACUGUGAGUCCAGGGGAGCAACACAUAUUGUCAGCAAUAUGUAGCAGCCUUUACAUCAGUAAAGAAUUUGCCUGUAAUGUCACAGAUCAAAUAAAUCCACCCCAAGUCACGUAAUAACACAACUGCGUGUGCCUGCAUUAGAGUUUGUCUGUGUAUUAGUCUCAACAGCUGUUAAUGAAGGCUGUGUUAAGUCAAGAGAGGCAGAACUUCACUUAAUGCAACCUGAAGCAACCAUGGGCCUAGUUAUUAUCUCGAUGCGUUUCCGUUUAUGUAUAUGUGCAGAUAUAAGACUGCUUUCCUAAAAGUGAAACAAAUCACACUGCAAUUGUCUCAAAGAGAGAUUAAACAUUAGGAAUCUUAAGUCAUAAAAUAUAUAUAUUUGUUAUUGCUAGAAGUCUUGUUAAGUAUGUUGUCAUUUACAUAAAAGCUCCACUGCCAAACACGUUUAAGCUGCUAUAGAGCUAAAGCUUGGUCACAGUCAUAUAUGCUAGUAAUAGGAAUAUAAAGCACAAAAAAAUAUUACUCAUAGUCUUAAUCUGACCGGGGAUUUAGAGGAUAAGAUUUACGCUUGUAUGCGUUUAACACAUGAUAAAUGUACAUUUGCAGACACACCCCUCUAACCUUCUUUUCCUCAAUUAAACUAUCAUGAACGGGUGGUUGACUAAACUACUAUAUGUUUUUGAGUACACUACAUCACUAUCCACUCUUCGCAUGUGAUGAGAACAUGAGCAAGUGUGGCUGUCACAUUGUAUUUCACUCACCCCUCACAUCAAUGGUAUCCCUGUUUUGCCCACUUACAUUGUCAUGUAUUGUCAAAAAUAACAGGUAUUGUGCACUCACUACUUUAUGUUGCACUGUUUUGUCUGUUGUAUGUAUGUUUUGUUACAGACUUGAAAUUAAGGUAAUCACUGUACGUGUAUUUUACACCUCAAAGCACAUUAAAAUAUUUAAAAUCCA